AUGAUUAAAGUUGCAGUAAUUGUCCUGAAUCUGUUUGGCUUCAUAUGCGUACAGUCGUCUGCGUUCUGGUUUCACGGGAGCGGAGUUUACUUCAACGUCGUAGCCCACAUAGGGCUCUGGUUCUCCGCAAUUAUGCUGCUGCUAUACCUGUUCCAUGUUGUUGAGAAAUACCAUAAAUUGAAAUGGCUGAAGAUCGAGAUGGUGGCGUGCGGCGCGAUCGCUUUCCUUUACCUAAUCGCGUCCACGAUCGUAGUGGCUUUCGGCUCCGCAGCAUAUUCAGCCGCCGGGUUCUUCGGCUACCUGGCGAUGGUGCUGUACGGGUUCGACGCGUUUGCGAAGGGGCGCGCGUGGCGGGGCGGGGAGCCGGCGCAGGGGAACAGAGUCGUGGCCAAGCAGAGCCACGUGGCCCCGCCGCCCGCGCUGCCC